GUUUCUCCCUCUUUUCCUUAGCAUUCUUGUUUUUCGAACCAACACUUCAAUCUGUGUCCUGAUUUCGUGUGUCUUUUUUCGUUUUUGAUUACAAGCUAAGUUUGUUGGGUUUUAUGGACUCUAAUGCACCGUAAUUGUGCUAUGAGUUUUGACAGUAUAAGGUUUGGCUUACCUUAUUUUGCUUUAGCCUAAAGAAUCUUGGCUUGUGAAUGGAGAGAAGUCUUUUCUGGGUUCAUCUGGGUCUCUCGGGUUUCUCCGGAAAACUGCACUUCAACUGUUUGUUGAUGGUCCUCUGAAGGUUUUUCUUUUUCCUUUUUAGAUUAUUGGGUAGAGGGUCCACGGAGAGAAUUCCAAUCUGAGAUUUUCUAUUGAGGGAAUGUGAAUUUCUGGGGAAAGAUGGGGUCUUUCAGUGGGUUAGGUAUUGGGUUAGGUCUGGUGUUUGGUUGCCUUCUCUUGGCUCUUGUUGCCGAGCUUUUCUAUCUGCUGUGGUGGAAGAAGAGAAUUACUAGAAGAGAGAUUGAAGAUGACUAUAGCAAUCAUGCAAAGGAGUUGAUUCAGCUUUUCUGCUGGAAGAAAUCACCCUCUAGGCAUACACCCACAGCCAAUGGCAGCAGUCAAGAAACUGUCAAAGACACAGAUGCCAAUGGUGAUCUUGAGUCAGACCCAGAACUUGGUUCAAACAAGGAUUUGUUGUUGAAGGCUUUUGGAGGAGAGGAAGGCGUUGAAGCAGAGCUCAUGAGGCUGCACAAUCUAGCCGGACCGCCGAGAUUUCUCUUCACAAUCAAGGAGGAAACUAAGGAAGAUUUGGAGUCUGAUGAUGGCAGGUCUAGAGGUGAUAGGAGCAGGAAAGGAUCCAGAACAGGAAGUUUCAUGGGUGAUCUUGUGCUGACUGUCGAUAAUCCUUUUCUCAGUCCUCUGGCUUCUCCACACUCAAAGACUCCUUUGAGUUCUCUUUACUCUUAUCACCAUCACGGAUUCAAUCCUCUCUUUGAAUCAUCAACAGAAGCUGAAUUGAAUAGAUUGAGAUCUUCACCUCCUCCAAAAUUCAAGUUCUUGAGGGAUGCAGAAGAGAAACUGCUGAGAAGAUUGAUGGAAGAAGCUGAGAAAAAGGUACAGAAGACUGGUGGGUCUGUUCAGGAUUCUGAUACUGUUAAACCUCCUGACAGUCCGAAAGUGGUAGCAGAAGUGAUUGAAGGUUCUUUUCUUAAAUUCAUUGCUGGGAAGAACAAGGAGCCACUUCAAUAUUUGCCACAAUAUCCCUCAAGCUCUUCCCAGGUACUGCCAUUGGCUUCAUCCCCUACAACAUUGUGAUCACAGACAUGAAGGACAGUGCAUUAGAUUUUCAGUACUUACUUUGUUUUUUCUUUCCACUAGUCCAUUAACUAUUCAAGAUGGUUGCUUGACUAUAAAUUUAAAAACUUUUUUUUUUAUUAUUUUUUUUCGAGAAACCUAUUCAUUUUCUUCUGGGAUUCUUGAAGGGUGCUUCACUGCCUGUUUGGAUAAGAUUAGCCAAAGGCUAAUUAGCCAUUACCAAUCUGCAAAUUCUGUUAAGACAAGGUGCCUGGACUAGUUUAGUUCAAAGUAGAAGACCUGUGGGGCAAUUCUGUUAUUAACCCCCUCAUGUUCAUGUCUCCUGAGCUGACUCUACAGUUGUCAUUCAUAUGCUGAUGUUGCUCUAAUGUUUUUCAAUUCUCAUGGUCAAAAAAGUAAAGUGACUUCAAUCACUAGCCUCAUUCUUCAUGAAUCAUGAUUUAGUUUUAUCCCAUGAUAUUUUGUCCCAAAACAUGUUAAUGAUAUUAGUAACAUGAUUUUGGUUAGGUAGCUUUUUAACAUCAAUAUUUGGGCAUGCUAAUUCCGCAUUAAAGGCUGAUGAGUGAG